AAAGAAUAUCUCGGAGUAUUUCGUCUCGUCUGGGUACGGGUCUACCUUCUCAGGCAGCGGCUGAUGGUGCAGGUUUUAAUUGUUUACUAAAGUGUGAAGACUUAAGAUCUUCGAAGCGGAGAGGGGAAACCUAAAGCAAAACUCCUAUUAGACACUAAUAGCGUGCAUCGUGUUCUGUCCUUGGUUCUCGGUAGCCAUCGGUGGCUGGUAUUCGUGUUGUACAGGUGCCAUAAAUUCCAGUGUACCGAAAAGAGGAUCUUUCGUAUUUAAAUCAUUGAUGCUCAUUUGUGUGUCGAAUAUGUAAAAUAUCAACGUUUUCCAGGAAUGUAGCGAAAAGAACCAAAAAGUUAAAGAGACAUUGAAUCUAAAAAAGUAGUUACUCAAUGACAGAAGGAAAGUUAACCGGUGCAAUGGCAGAAAGCAAGGGAAUCAUUUAUCCUCUUUCGUGAGCAAGAACAUUUCUUAGAAUGUGCUUGGGUUCUAUUUCUCACAUAUAAGUGCUUGUGCUGUCUAACAUCUCACAUAAUGGAUUUGAAGAACAAGAUGGUAGAAAUUAGUGCAAAUCUUCACGAUCUUCACAGCGCUUUAAACAUGCUUGUUAAACCGGCUGACGAAG